ACCAAAACAGGUAUGUUUCAAACAUACUGUUCCCGUCAUACCGUUUGUCGAUGUGAUCGGUAAUAUAAAGUAUUAUAAACCAUUUGGGUUGUCUGAAAAUCGGAUACAUAUGGGACAGGAUGUUGAAUAUGGUGAAUCACCAUGGACGGUUUCCAUUAUCUAUGAUGAUUUUGAUGCUUGGAGGCAAAUGAGUUGCACCGGUACUAUAAUUAAUAAACAAUGGAUAAUAACUGCYGCACAUUGUAACUAUAGAAAGUCUUCUCACAAUCAAAAUAUUUUUACAAGAAUUCGUGUGUUUGUCGGCAAUAGUCAUCGUAGAGGUACUAUUGUUCGGGUAUUUAGCGAUCAGAUAUACCGACACCCAAAAUAUAGGUUAAGAAAUAGAUUAAGUGUAUACGAUAUUGCAUUAUAUAAACUUAAUUAUGAUAUAAGUGAUCGCAUCAAUCGAUCAAUUCGCCAAUCGUUUAAAAUGAUUGAAAAUUUGGUUAAUACUGUUUGUUUGCCACAUGAAUGGGAUCCCGAGUUUAAUAGUGAGAGACAGUUUGCAACAAUGUUUGGUUGGGGACAUAUAGAUGCACCGGGACAUAGUCCACAUAUACUACAAAGUGGCCAAUUUCUACUCGAGUCAAACCGUUACUGUAGAAACAUGUUUUUAUGUACACAAUUUAGCUUACAAUCGCCACACCCUAUGAAAACCAGAGGCUGUGCGGGUGACUCAGGUGCCGGUUUAGUUCAAUAUACUGAUUGGCACCGAACCCGUGCUAUACUCAUUGGGGUAUAUGUCGGUCAUUCCGGUUCACACUAUUGUAAUGAAUCAAUUGUGGGUUUAUUUUGGGUGUCAGUUGUAAAACAUAUCGAUUGGAUUAUUGAAACGAUUGAAGAUAAUAGUUAA